ACUUAGCGUAGACAUGGAUCACCCUCCCUCAGGAUCUCUGGAGUCACCUCCUGUCACUGAUUUCCAUGAAGAUGAGCAGAGUGGUUCAUCAUUCGUAUCAGUGCUAAUUUUAUCUGGUCGUCUCGUCACCCUGUUUUAUGAGUAUCUUGGAAUAUAUGGUGUUAUGUUGGUCACCAGCCUGCCAGAGCACUGGAAGCCAGGUCCAGACUUCUACGGCGUGUCCUGUGAACCCGUGCUGGUCACUGCAGGUGCCGGGGUCAUCGGCUUCCUCUUCUGGAGGAGCAUUCUAUCUGUCAAAAGCAAGUCAUAUCUAAAGAUGGUGGACAGGAUGAAAAAGCUUGAACAAGAGAAGAAGGAGAUACUCCAAAAGGUCGCUGAACUGCAGCAACAGGGCGAAGAACUUAAAGAAAAGCAAAAGCUGUCUGAAAAAUCUGCCACUUUAUCUCUGGAAAAGAUCCAGGAAUUGGAGAAUAUUGUGCAAGAGAUGGAGAGACAAAAUGAGCGCCUGGACGAGGAAAAUAACUUACACGCCAUAUCCUUUGACAAAGAGCGGGCCAAUACUGCGAAACAUGAAGAUAUGAUGUCCGAAAUGGACAAAACCAUUGAGAAGUUGAAGCGCAGCAAGAAGAAGACCCAGGAUGCACUGUCGAAGUCUACCAUUCUGAUGGAUGAAGCCAAGCUCCGCGAAGAUGCCCGGAUUGUCCAGGUCCAGGUUCUGGAGAAGGAUAUUGCCACCCUGAAGGAGGAGAACCUCUCGCUGCACCAUGCUGCCAAGUUGUGGGAGGAGAAGCACAGGGAGACAAGCGAGCAGAUCAAAGUCUACCAGAAGUCCCAGAAAGACCUGGAGGAUUCCCUCCUUCAGAAGGACCACAAUGUUCUAUCUGACCUGCUAGGAGACCUGGAGGCCUGCGAUGACCUGAAAGGUGGAGUUGUUGCUAACGGGGUAGCCUCUAACGACAAGCAGACCAUCAUCCAAAACCGCCAUAAGCAAAUGAUGGAUGUCUCUCGGGUCCAGACCACUCUGUCUGUUGUGGAGGAAGAGCGCGAUCGCUUCAUGACCAAGCUGCUGAACGAAGAGAAGUCCAGGAAAGAGCUGGAAGAGCAAUUUCAGAAGCUGGAGCAUGACAUCUUGUUGGUGAAAAGUGACAAGAACCACCUGGAGAACCAGUACAAGACCCUGCAGCAGAAGAAUGACAUCAUGACAGAGAUGUACCAGCAGAAGGAGAAUGCUUUGCAGCAGAAGCUGACCAAGGAGGAGUUUGAGCGCCCCAACAAGGAAGACCGGCUGACGGAGAUGGAUGGCAAGGCCCUAGAGGAGGAGGUCAAGGUGUGUAGGCAGCGCGUUAAGGAGAUCCAGGACGAGCUGAAAUGGACCGAGAAGUUCUACAAAGCUCAGAUCAUUGAGCAGGAGCAGAAAUCUCACGAGAACUGGGUGAUUGCACGCGCCGCAGAGCAAGCUCUGUUCGACGAGAAGAAGGAAACAACUAACAUUCGUAACUUACUGACUGACAUGUCCAGCAAGCUGAAGGAGCUCUGUAGGCCUCUGUUCAAGCCCACCCCUGGGAUGGCUCCCAUGCCUCUCCGACGAGGACCACGACCUCACUCUGACCCUCACGGCCGCCGUUACUCUCCGUACCACAAACACCCAGUGGCUGCUAGACCUGACACCAUGGCCCCACGUACAUCCUCACCAAGCAAUCUGGGCAGCUCGAACUCUCGACCUCAGGGUCCUGGCUCCCUGCUAGUCUCUCCCAUCAGCUCCCCCCUCGACUCAAGCCUCAGACCAGUCAUCAGCCAUCCCUCCGGACACUGCCACCGUCCCCUUCCCGGACCACACCACAUCCCUCCUCCCCCAUCCUUCAUGCCUCCCGUGUACCGACCAGACAACGGACACUCAGGCAUGAUGCCUCCUGGACCCCCACCGCCUAACGGACACCCGCCUGGUCCAAUGAUACCACCCGGACAUCGGCCUCCACCUCCUGGUGCUUACGGUCCCUCUUCCCCACACAACCGGUACCUUCCUCCACCUCCUCACUAUGGACCGGUGCCUCCUCCAUUCGGACCCCCACAUACCUACGUGCACUAUGGACCACUUGAUCACUCCAUCCCACUCCGACACCUGCCCCCUGGGGUGGCCCCAUUCCCUCUUCAUGUCGGCCCCAAAGACUUCCCUGUGCAGCCACAGGUCCCACAUGGCCAUGACUCUUCAGUGGGCCCCCAGCCCGACGCUGGCCCCCAGGGCCAGGGGCAAGACUACAGCUCCCAGCAGGCAACAGCUGCCCCCCAUGACUCAGUCAGCUCUGCCAUGGCAGAGCCUUAGACACCUGCCAACCGUUAACGACCUGGCUACAUUUAAUCAACCACGAUUCAUCUCUUUAUUUUUUCCUUUUUGUUUUUAAUAUGCUGAAAAUAAAUAUCAUAUGAUAUACUUGCAAACAACAGAAGUAUCUAAAAAGUUAGUGUUCCUAUUAAAGCAUCAGAAAAUCAAUGUCUUAUGUUUCGUGUCUGAAAUGUAAUAACGACUUGAAGAGGAGUAGAACUGAGGCUUGUUACUCUGCAAGUCCUAUUGUGCAAUAACAUUUCUAUUGUAUGACUGAGGAUUUUAAGUUUUUGAAAGGGUAUUAUGUUGAUUUUGUAUUCAUUUCACAAUGUUAUCAUGGUUUCCUGUGGAAAUUAUUGAAAAUAAAUGGACCCCAAGCUUUUGGGUUGCUUGAUCGAUCAUUUCAGAAGUACCAUAUUAUCUUAACUCUUCCCCAAACUCUCUUCAGAAUGAACUGAAAAGGAAAGUUGUGUAAGUUGAAAGUCAAAGAUGUAUUUGCUGUUCUUAGGAUAUUUUAUUAAUAAAACUGGUAAAAGGUACUGCAGUUGUCUAUUGUUCAUAUGAAGCAUAUGACAACUUUUGUGAUCCAUUUUAGUUUGAAAGGAAAUGUCUGACAGUGCAUUUUGUUUUGUAUGGGUAGUUGUAUUACAUGUGAAAAGCCAGUAAUCACCCACUAACUGAACACCUGUCAUAUGACCUUCACAUUUGUUUCUUUUUUUGUUCUUAUGUUACAUCAGGGAUGCAUCACAUUUAUCUAUUUAUUUUCAAUAAAAAGAAAAUAA